AUGCACGACCCGUUCCCUUUCCCGAGGCCUGAGAGCCUGGUAAAAUAUGUAGAGCCCAUCGCCGAACUCCUCUCGCUCAAGACGCUGCCGCUGCACUUCCACGAGGUCAUGACAGCCUUCACGCUUUACCACGUUACCUACCGCUACAUCGCCCCCGCCAUCUCGCGCCUUUUUAUCCCGCGGAUAUACUCGUCCUUCAAUGCGCGAACGAAGCUCAACUGGGAUGUACAUAUCGUGUCUUUUGUACAAAGCACGCUGAUCUGCAGUAUGGCGUUGUGGGUUAUGUGGACGGACAGCGAGCUGAACCAGAUGGACCACAAGGAGCGCGUACAUGGAUAUACUGUGCAGAAUGUGAAGGUCUUUGGUAUUGGCAUGCUGUUCCAUGCUAUCUCUGCCCUCUGUGUCUUCUCGCUGGGCUUCCGCCCCUUUGUGAACUACUACGCGUGCACCUUUAUCCUCUACGAACUCUCCUCGCCCUUCCUUAACAUCCACUGGUUUUGCGAUAAACUCAACAUGACUGGCACCACCAUCCAGCUCGUCAACGGCAUAGUUCUGCUAUGUACCUUCUUCUCCUGCCGCAUCGUGUGGGGAUCAUAUCAGUCGAUACGCGUCUUCACCGACGUCUACCACGCCUACACAGCCGGCGCAGUUGCACGCUCAGCCCCAGACGUUGGAAAGCUGUCGGACAACACAACCCUCAGCAACGCCGGCUUCAAGCACGACGUCCUCCAGUUCGCCGAAGGUCAAACCGUCCCUCUAUGGCUCAUUACCGCCUACCUCGCCUCGAACCUCAUCCUCAACGGCCUCAACUGGUUCUGGUUCGGCAAGAUGAUCGAAACCCUGCGUAAACGCUUCGACCCUCCCUUUGGCACAAAGAAACCCGAGAUCAAGGAAACUACUCUGGAGAUUCCAGAUGAUGAGAAAGUCUUGGUCGAGGGUAUACAUGUCUCCACUCCUGGCGUGAUUGAAAAGGAUGCUAAAGACUAUAUCGAUGCAGCCUCUCCGCGGUUGGUCUCGCUGGAGAAGAGCAGGACGGGGACACAUUUGGAGGUUAAGCAGAGUGAGGUGAGGAGUCGUAAUACGGCACAGAGAGGGGGUUUAAGAGCUGCUCAGGCGGCGUAG